UAAGAACGCUCCGACAGAUAUUUCCCCAUGGCCAGCUGCACUGCAGUGUGUUCAUCUGUGUGCCGUCUCGUGUCAGGCGGCCCGGCGUGCCUCAGAGAUGACGAGCGUGUCCAUGUGACCCGUCUAGACGCCUCCGUCGCCGAGUGCCAGAAGCCGGAGACCCGGAGCCUGUGCCUGAGGACCCAGCUGAGCGUCUCCCUCAGAGACGCAGGUGGAGCGGUGAUGGUGACGGGCGAUGGCAGUGCAGAGGAAGAGGAAGAGGAAGAGGAAGGAGGCAUUAAUGGAGAAGAUCCCGAGAACACGACGACUGCUGCCUCUGUCCGCUUGUGUUACACCUUUCCUUCACAUUCGUUCUCCAGAACCAUUCGCUUCACAGUCCCGAACUCCGCUUUAGAGGACAGCACCACACUACAGGUGUGGAUGUCUUUAGUGGUGGAGAUACCGGCGGCAAAGCUCGGCAGUGUUGUUGUAGUCCAUUCUUCAUACACAAACUCCACUAAACAUGUGAGGAUCCCUUCAAAAGAGGAAGUGUGUAAGGAUUUAGAAGCCAUCUACUGUAAAGUCGCACCCAGGCUACACAGAAGAACUGACCAUGUGACAGGGGCAAUAACACUAUAUGUGGCUGAUGCAGAGAAAUGGAGAUCCCAAGAGUUCAACGCAUGCCAGAGGCGGGACAGGAACGGACUCUGUCUUAAGGUGGAAUGGAAUAACACCAGCCAUGAGUUUGAGAUUUCCCAGGGAUCUGUCGCCCCCUGUCUGUGCUUUGAGAUUUGGGGGAACUUUCCUCGGACAGAGUAUUGUCCGUUUUUGAACGAAACAGCCUCAGUGUCCAGUGUGUCGGUGUCCGUGUCCGAGGCUGAAGCUCGUGACCAGCGCCCCGCUCUGCUGUGGAUCCUCACGGGCUCCUGCCGGCUCCAGGCUCAGCUGUGGCUGUGUCGGAGGAGCUCAGGCCUGGACACCAGAUGCAAUGCGCUGAACACCAGAUCUCAUGUGCACAUCUACCCGAACAACAGCUGGACCCAGACCUCAGACCGCAGGCGCUGGCAGUUACGAGGAGAGUUUCUACAAGUGGAACGUCAUCCUCUAUUGUGUGUUCAGGUUAAAGUGGCGGGAAUGGACGGCUUCGUGGGACCAGUGUGUCCGUUUGAAGGCAAGCACUCGCAUCCCUCAUACUACAACAUAACGCAUUGCAGAUAUAAUGCAGAUUGUGAUGUAAUAACGACUCUCCCUCUGUGUUCUUGUGUGUGUGUGUGUGUGUGUGUGUGUGUGUGUGCUGCAGUGAAGAGGGCUCACUGGAUCUUCCCGCUGGUGUUGUGUGUUCUGCUGGUGUGCCUGUCAGUGCUGGGAGCCUAUGCAGUGCAGGGAACACUGAAGAGCUGGGUGUUCAGAUGGCUGAAGCUGGAUGAUGUGAACGCUGCGGUGUCGGGGGGUGUGGAGCUGCUUCUGGUGUGUCCUCCGGACUCAGACGCCACCGUGAUCCAGCUAAUGUGCCGUCUGGGCUCGAGUCUCUCCGCUCUCGGCUUCACCGUGUCUCUGGACUUGUGGAACCGCUCCGAGAUCAACGCUCUGGGUCCGGUUCCCUGGCUGCACUCCUGUCUGGAGCGGGUGCGGCGGAGCGGAGGGAAAGCUGUGAUGGUUCUGACUCCGGAAGCCUGCGAGCGGGCCGAGCCAUGGGGCUGUCGGGGAGGGAAACCGGAAGAAGGUACGGGGGUCCAAUCGUCAACGUGCUCCGAAGUCUUCGACGCAUUGCUGAGCCGCGUUCUGGGAGACUAUCUGCUGGGUCGUGCGGGAGAGCGCUUCGUGCUGGCGCAGUUCGACGGCCUGUGCACUGCCACGGCCCUGCCCGCGUUUCUCCGGGGACUGCCGUUGUUCAGCUUGCCUUCCCAGAGUCUGGACUUCAUAACGGAGCUCACGCAGGGGGCUCGUCCGGGAGCAAGAGUGUGUGAGCGGUGGGAACGAGCGGGGGCGUUGAGGGCUGCGUCACGGGCGUUAUCAGGAGCGCUCAGAGAGAUCACGGGUGUCACAGGAGGACACACCUGUCCAAGGCUCUCUGAGGACGCCGGGACGGAGAACGGAUGGGAAACCGUCCCACUGCGAGCAGAACAGUCACAGUCACUGCUUGACCCCAAAAUAAGCACUGUAGGUUGGGUCUAA